CAUUGCGCGUUGUAAAAAUGAUGAUAGAGACAGUGGUGGAGAAAUUAAUACCAAGGAGUGCCAAAGGCAGGGACUUCGUGCAGAUUUCUUCAAUUUUUGUGGUCUCCAUUGGAGCAUUUUCCGCUGGAGCCCUUUUCGCCUGGCCUUCGCCUACCAUUCCGCUUCUGAUCCGAAACACCUCCUACAUCGGUCAAAUAUCGAUCGAGGAAGCGUCUUAUCUCUCAAUACUGCCAGCGGCCUCCAUGAUCGCGUCUUCUUUUCUCAUAGCCAGCGCAACGAAGUACAUCGGAAGAAAGCCAAUAAUUUGGUUCAUGGCCAUCCCUCAAGCGCUCAGUUGGAUACUAAUCGCCGAGGCGAAAAGCAUAACGGCAAUUUACAUCGCGCGUGUUCUAAAUGGGAUUGGGGAGGGAAUACUGUUUUCUAUCGCGAUGGCUUACGUUGGAGAGAUAUCGACACCGGCAGUUCGUGGGACAUGGGGGAAUAUGAUAACGUGCUCGGUCGCCUUAGGCCAACUGAGCAUUGCUGCUGUGAUUGCAUCCAUGGAUAUCGUUACGGCAGCUUACAUUCAUCUCUUUGCACCACUACUUCAAAUUUUGCUGGUUCCCUUUCUGCCGGAAUCCCCUCACUACCUGAUGAAGAAAGGCGAACGCGAAAACGCCAAAAUCGCCCUGAUGCGGCUCAGAUGGAAAACCGACGUAGACUGUGAGCUUUCAGCUAUGAGUGAGAGCAUCGAAAGGCAACGUUCUGAAGCUGGCUCAUUUAAGGAUUUAUUCUGGAUUCCUGCGAAUCGAAGGGCACUGCUGUUGGUACUUAGUCUGCGCACAUUUCAGCAAUUGAGCGGUAUAACUGCAUUUGUAAUAUACGCCCAGUAUAUAUUCGAGUUAUCCGGAGCAAGGUCCGUCUCAGAUGAAGUAUCUACAAUUAUUGUUUUUGCCAGUUUAUUCCUUUUCUUAUUGGUUUGCUUACCAGUAGCUGGGAAAUACAGCAGAAGACUAUUGCUAACAGCAUCCUCUACAGGCUGUACAAUUUGUUUGCUGAUCAACGUGGUUUACUUUUGCAUCCAGGAAGAAACAGAAGUGGACGUAUCUGAUAUCAGUUGGAUUCCACUGCUCGUCAUGGUUGGCUACAUUGCUUUCCUCAGCAUUGGACUAUUACCUUUGCCCGUGCUAAUGAUAGGGGAACUCUUCGCGCUGAGCAUAAAAAAUCACGGAAUGUUCGUUUCCACUGUGUAUCUGGCGUUAAUAAUGAUUGCAUUUCCGAAGAUUCUUCAGCUGCUGCUGUCAAACUUUUCACUGUACGUCACGUUUCUAUUUUUUACUGUGUCGUGUUUUUUUUCCACCAUAUUUUGCUGGUUUUGCGUUCCAGAAACUAAAGGAAAAACACUGGAAGAAAUCCAACAGCUUCUCAGCAAAACAAGAUAAUUUAAAUUACCGCAAGCGUUUGCAGAAAAGGUGCGAUCGUUGAUUUAUUAUCCUUUCGUCUUUCUCCAACUGCCGUUGAAACUCAUCUUCCAUCUGGGCUUCUACUGUGAUUAAAGCGAAAUAGUUAGUAAGUGAAGGUGUAGUAGCAAUUGUAUAUCUACUGAAAUUUUUUUUCGACAAACAAUGCCACGUGCGAGAUAAGCGAUGCAGGUGUUUUAUCAGUUCUGGCGACGUAGAUUAACUUCAAGUGUCGCCGGGUUAAUAACAAUGUUGAAUUUGUGAGAGAAAGUGAUUAAAUAGGAAGAAUAAAGAGUUAAACAAG